AAACAGGAAGGCGGUGUUGAAGAGGGAGGUGUUGAUCUUGCUGUCACAUUGCGUCUUUGUCAACAAUCACCUCUUCAAUCAAGGUAAAAGUAACCAAAAAUGUUCAUUUAUCCAAUUCAUUCAUAAUUCAUAUCUGUGUGAAUUGUUUUCUGCAUGUACGACUAUAAUAGUAAAACUAUAAAAAAGUGUCCGUUUCGUUGAGAGUCUGACCUUCUGGAAUGAAUAAAUGAGCCUAACCAAGGUUCCACUGUGUGCUUAGUGUUAGCAUCCUUUUCUUAAAUAUACACAAACGUUUUCUGCAUGUGUGCUAUUUGUUGUGGUUGUCCUUGGUGGGUCUUUCAACUGCAAUUUCAUAUCUAUUCCACUUGGAGGCACUGCUGAGGCAGUCUGAUCUUAGCAACACAUUUUGGACAAUUGUAUGCUUCCACCUGAAGAAGAACAUUUGGGGAGGGCUCUUUUUUUGUCCCCAGUGCACAAACUAAUGUCCAUAAAGGCAUGCUUGGAUGGUUUUGGUGUGGAAGAAGCCAUCAGAGUUGAACAAGAAUGGAAAUGGCAAGCAAGUCACUUCCUCUACUUGCACCAGUGGCAAAAAGAGUCCAACAUAAAUAAUCCUGGCCCCACCUACUCAUCUUCUUUGCCCGGCCCCCUUUAUGUCCUAAAAUACAUAGACAAACCUGUUGCUCUCAAACACAGAUGGCACACUGAGCAGGGGCAACAGGCAAAGACCAGGAUGGGACAAAAGGCAGAUCUUUGCGGAAGGUCAGUUUGAGUGUACAUCCUUCCGUUGCUGCAACAUACUUUUCCAAACCCGAUCCGAAUGCGUGACGUUGCCCCCAAGAUGACCUGAUGUGGAAGUUUUUCCAUGAUUUAUAAAUACCAACAAAAAGGUAAAAGAGAAAGAAGACGCAUGUUGAGAGAAGUCCAAGAUUGUACGGUCAAAGUAGGUACUUUUUAAAAAAAGAAUUUUUGAAAACUUAUAUCUGGAUCCACCCUGGUGAGACUUCCCACAAAGCCAUGGAUGAAGGCGCCAAGGGUCCCGAGGAGAAAGUAAUGAACGAGGCCCUCGUCCAAUUCAACGCCACCUUGCAGGCUGCCGUGAAGGAAGUCCACGUUGACGUGAGCGCCUUCAAGCAGCGCAUCGAGCAGCGCAUGCAAGAUAUGAGCGCCUCCAACCAGCCCCUGGUCGAAGCGGUCAACAGGCUCCAGGAGGAGAACCUGCAGCUGCGUGCCAAGCUGGAGACCCUCAGCCGGCUGGUGGAGAGUCUGGCCGGGGUGCAGAUUGACAGGAGUUCCCCCGGCGGGUCGAAGGGGGGUAAGAGUGUGGAGAACGGACUUAAGGAGAUGCAGUCCAGGAACCGGGAAGACCUGAGGGGCCAGGCAGGUCUGGCUGCAUCCUCUGAGGAGUCAACCGGACCUGCAUGGAGAACAAAGAAGCCAAUGGAAAUGAACGGUGUGGAGGCCAAGGCGACGGAACAGCUAAAGGAGACGCAAGGAGAAUCUGUUUCCCAGUCUCACAUGCCGCUCACCGCCGUCACCAAGCACAGCUCGGCCCAGGAGGACCUUGGUGGUCUUUCCGAACCUCAUCUGCCCAUCACCGCAGUGACAAAAGUCAGCGCAGAAGCUCCAGCGGUUGCCCACCCUCCUGUUUCCGUGUCCAAAGCGUCAACAGAGACCACAGUAAAAUCCUUCAGGAAUAAAACUGAUGCAGAGGAACCCCAGCCUCAUCUUCCUCUCAGUGCCAUGACCUCCAAACCCAAUCAGGAAGCAGUCAAACCUGCCCAGGAUCCAGCCGUGGAAUGUCUUCCUAAAAAAGGGGUAUCAGGAGCAUCCCAGGAUCAAUCAUCCUUCCUAGCCCAAACCUCCUCGGCCCAUCAUGCCAUCACUGCUGCCCCUAAAUCUGACCCAUCGCUGCCAGAAUCCCAGACCAUCAAAGCAAGAGAGUAUCCAUUUCGACGCGAUGUCAGCAGUGAGCUCAAGCCACACUCGCCUCUCUCGGCCUCUGGGAAAGCCGACGCCAAUUCGCCGCCAUCUGCUACUUCGGCAUCGCAGGAAGCGACGGUUAAACCCGGGGAAUACCCCUUCAAGAGAGCUCCAGUUCUAAAGACACCGAGCCCAAGUCUGAAGAGAAGUGUGAGCUUCCCUCAGCCGGCAGAAAAGCUUCUUCCCUCCAAGUCAAUCAUAAAACCAGGUUUCUCACCAAGUGUUGACAAGAAAGCAAACUCCACCGGCGUUGAGUUCAAACCAGACCCGGUGAAGUCUCACACGCUUCCUCGCUCCAGCGGGGCACAGGCCAAACGCGCCCUCUUCGAGAGGAUGAACUCGGAGCCAACAAAGCCGAAGGAUUCCAAGCCCAAACUGAAGCGAUCCCAGAGCUUUGGAGUUUCUAGCGCUAGCGGGAUAAAGCAGAUUCUGCUGGAGUGGUGCCGCUCAAAAACCAUCGGAUACCAGAACAUCGACAUCCAGAAUUUCUCCUCCAGCUGGAGCGACGGCAUGGCCUUCUGCGCUCUGGUCCAUUCCUUCUUCCCGCUGGAGUUUGAUUACAACACGUUACAGCCCGCCAACCGCAAGCACAACUUGGAAAUGGCCUUCACCACGGCGGAGGACCAGGCCGACUGUCUCCGUCUGAUCGAGGUGGACGACAUGCUGGAGAUGGGGGACAAGCCGGACCCCAUGUGCGUGUUUACAUAUGUGCAGUCCCUGUACAACCACUUGAAGAAGUUUGAGUAACUCUGUAUCAGAGAUCGUCGUCGUCAUCAUCAUUACAAAGACACACGUUGUUGUUUUGCUACAGUAUAAAACCACCACCUCCUUGGAUGACUCCAGUUGCGUGUGUGCCUACAUUUGCAGUGUUUACACUAUUCCUAUAUAUACGCUAUAUAUCAAUAUAUACAUACAGGGUGGGCCAAUAAAAUGUUACUACAUCAUACUUACAUAAUCAUACACAUUUUUGAAAUGAGAACUUAUUCAAAAAUUGCAUUUACAGAUUUGUAACAGAAGCGUCAAAUGAACAUUUGAUGCCAAAGGUUCCCCAUUUUGUCUCUUGUUUUCCACACAGUUAAUAAUAAUUGAUGACAUGUUCAACCCACGCUCGUCUUCUGUCGAUUAGCUGCUGCAACACACACAUUGAAGUUUGUGAUGACGUUGCCACACAUUUUGUGGGGAUACCGGAAGGAGAGUGUGUACUGCAACAACCCCACAGACCAUUGAGGCCCUGAAGACCAACAUCCGUCAGGUAAUUUGGAGAAUCUCUCUUCAGAUGUGUGGCAAUGUCAUCACAAACGUCAAUGUGCGUGUUGCAGCUGUAAUCAGUUAUUGAACUGUGUAGGAAACAAGAGACAAAGUGGGAGUAAGUUCUCGUUUCAAAAACUUGUGGAUGAUUAAAAAGUGGGAACAUUUUAUUGGCCCACCCUGUACACAUAUAUAUAUAUAUAUAUAUAUAUUAUAUAUAUUUAUAUACAAUAUAUAUAUAUAUAUAUAUAUAUAUAUAUAUAUAUAUAUAUAUAUAUACUGUAUAUAAAUAUAUAUUAUAUGGCAACCAGUCCAGGGUGUCGCCCGAAGUCAGCUGGGAUAGGCUCCAGCAUGCCCGUACGACCCUAAUGAGGAGAAGCGGCAUAGAAAAUUGAUGGAUGGAUGGAUAUAUAAUAUAUAUAUAUCAUAUAUAUAUAUAAUAUGUACUGUAUAUACAUAUAUACUGUAUGUAUACACAGCUA